CACCAGCGCUGCGAGUGACCUGUGGUCUCUGGAAACGGGGCUUGGAAUGUCUGGCAGCCCAGGCGCCCACGCCUCUGCAGCCACACAAUGGCCCCUCACAAAGAGCUUUUGUUGGUGCAGCUCUGCAGACCCGGGAGCGAAGCUUUCCAGCCUCAGACUCACUCCGUCUUCGGUCCUUUCGGCCCUUCGCCAAGAGGCAGGGUGGGGGUUGGGUUUCCCCUGGGUCCAACGAGAUGAUGCCUCCAGAAGAGGAGCAGAAGAGCCAGCCACUCUGCUCCUCCAUGCCCCUCGGCCUGGCUCCAAGAAUCCUUGGGUGGACAGCCAAAGGUGGGACCCUCCCAGGGCUGAAAGUAGUUCCUGAGCCCGUCCGGUUGACCUGCUUCUGGAAAAGCCAAGCGGGUCCCUUUCAGAGGUGAGCCUCAGACAGAGCUCUUCCCUUUCUGGAGAAGUGUCCCAACAGGGCAGUUUUCUUUCCUCACAUAAACGGUGGCCAUCAACCAAUUCUUCCUUAUUGAUUUAUUCAUUGUUGACAGUCCUUGUGCCAGACCCUUUGCAGGGGGGGGGGAGCCCCAGAAGGGAGAUGUCCCAGGGAAGGAGCUUCCUGGCCUUGGGGCUCAGUGUGAACGCGGUGCUGUAGCUGAAGCCGAGAGGUCUGUCCUUGCAGUGUCAGAAUUUUGAGUCUUAGAAAUGCCACCUUGAAAACGCUGUUUUUUCUUUGGGAAUACAGAAUUUUGGAAGGCCUCAAAGCUGGCCAGGGUCUUGGCACUGAAAGUUGACGACAGUGCUAUCUAAGAGCCCCUCGCAAGAGCAGGGCUGGAGACCUGAAGGAGGGACGUACGGAACGUGUUCUCCUUAGAACGCCAACUUUCUCUGAAAGAAGCAGACCUCCAAGCACAAACCUGCCAGGGGCCUUGGGGACCUCACAAGGGGGCUUUGGCUGGCUCUGUGGGGUUCAGAGCCAGCUCUGCGAUUCCAUUCCAGUGCCUUAAUUUCCCUCUGCAGCUCCAGUUAGGUGCGGCUUUCCAUGCUUCCUCAGCUGGGAAGGAGGCCCUGUGAGCCCUCCAGGGCUGGGGACCUCUCUCCAAACAGCUGAGGGGCAGGAGAGGCCUUUGCGCAUCUCCUCAUUAGUCUGUAAUGGAUUGAGAGAAGUAGAACUAGUACGGUAUCUCAGAGGGUCCCAAAGCACUUUAGGUGCCCCGUUCUCCAUUCCCUCCCUCCUGAACGUUUCCGUAGGUAGAAAUCUAUGCACGGCCUUAAUAUUAUCGGAGUGCAAAUGCUCCAUCACCCUCUGCGUUCCGUCUCAGUGGCAUUGGUGCAAACUUGUUCGCUGCGCCUUGUACUAGGACUACAACACCCAGAACCCUCAGCCAGACUUUUGGGGAGUGGUAGCACAUCGGGGGACAUCUGCUGGUUUAGGCUGCUUUAGCUUUUCUGUUUCGCAAGUGGCUGAGAUGGCCUGUUUCGCAUGUCCUCUCCUUUUCCUGGUGGCCAGCCUUGGCCAUCAGACGGUCAGAAGGGGAGGUGGCCAGACCCCAGAAUGGCUCCCAGUUUUUGGAGGGAGGGGUUCAGGGAGGAGGAGGGUUGGGAGGAGUAAAACCUGCUUUGGGGGUCUCAAUUUCUCCUCCCACCAGCAUGUGAAAUGAAGAUGGUCCACUGCUAAACUUUUGGUUGGACGGUAGUGAAUUCAAACUGAACAAUUCAUGACCCAAAUGUCACCCCUGGGCCCUUCUGAGACACUGGGAGCAGCUGCCAUCCUCGUUGCCAGUGCAGGGAGCUCAGGAGAUCUAGGAAGACUUUCAUUUUCCAUGGAAAAGUCUUGUAUAAUAGCUGGUUCCAAGCUGUCUCGUCUCCAUCUGUCUGCUUCUCAAAUGCUGCCCACUGAAAUUGGACCCUAAUCCGAUUCCCCAGGAUGGUCUUACUCUCCCAGGACCUCAUGCGAGUCCUGAUGUGGGCGGUGAGGAACGCCAGCCCUUCGUCCACCAGGCUGGCCCCCUUGACUCUCCCAAGGUCAGCCAAGAGGAUCUGUCCAGCCAGUGAAGCAAAGGACUUCAGCGGCUGCGAACCAGCAAAGGUGGUGGGAGGGGAGGGCUCUCAACGAGCAUUGCCCAGGCCCCCUUUCCUCCUGAAAGCCUUCUUUCAUCAGGGUGGACGAGGACAGGUCCUCGCUCGUGUUUGGGGCCGAGAUUCCGUGGGGGGAAGGGGGCAGGGCUCUGUAAAAGCCAUCCAUUCCCGAGAGACGUGGAGAUUCCUCCCUCCUUCGCGCAGAAGGAUCGGUUGGCUUUUUGAUUCCCACCAAGAAAUGUCAAGAACCUCUCAGCACGAUGACUUGAAGAGUCGGUUAUGAACCUAUCUGACUUUGCUACCUUCUGCCUGUCCUUUGGGGCCACACGGUGUUUCGGCUGCUUAAAGAAGCCCCAUCCAAAGCCCUUAAGUGAGAGCUUUUUUAUGGUCAAAGGAGCUGCGCUAUUCCUGCAGCAAGGAAACAGUCCACAAGGUCCACCACGGAGUCUCCCACAUCCCCACAAACAUGCAGGUGAUUUGCCUCAGCACCUUCAGGUGAUGAUCAACCUCCUUCGCUGUGAGGACAGAAUCAAGCUGGCCGUGCUCUUAGAAAGUGCGUGGAGCGACCGUGUGAGGUACAUGGUGGUGGUCUACAGCACCGGGCGCCAAGACACUGAGGAGAACAUUCUCCUGGGCGUGGACUUUUCCAGCAAGGAGAGCCAGAGUUGUACCAUUGGGAUGGUGCUGCGCCUGUGGAGCGAUACGAAAAUCCACCUGGAUGGAGACGGUGGGUUUAGCAUCAGCACGGCGGGCAAGAUGCACAUCUUCAAACCUGUCUCGGUGCAAGCCAUGUGGUCUGCCUUACAGAUCCUUCACAAGGCUUGCGAGAUGGCGCGGAGGCACAACUACUUUCCAGGGGGGAUGGCGCUUGUCUGGGCCACCUACUAUGAGAGCUGCAUUGCUUCCGAGCAGAGUUGCCUCAACGAGUGGAACGCCAUGCAGGACCUGGAGUCUCCACGCCCCGACUCGCCUGCACUCUACAUGGACAAGCCAACUGAGCGGGAAAGGGCAGAAUGGUUGAUCAAGGCCAAACUCCGGAGCAUCAUGAUGAGCGAAGAUCUGGAGAACGUGACUUCCAAAGAAAUCCGGAACGAGCUGGAGAAGCAGAUGAACUGCAACUUGAAAGAAUUCAAGGAAUUCAUUGACAAUGAGAUGCUUCUCAUCCUGGGGCAGAUGGACAAGCCCUCCCUCAUCUUUGAUCACCUCUACCUGGGCUCUGAAUGGAACGCCUCGAACCUGGAGGAGCUUCAGGGCUCCGGCGUGGACUACAUUUUAAACGUCACCAGGGAGAUCGACAACUUCUUCCCGGGGUUGUUUGCGUACCACAACAUCCGCGUCUAUGAUGAAGAAACGACCGAUCUUCUCGCCCACUGGAACGAGGCUUACCAUUUUAUCAACAAAGCCAAGAAAAACCACUCCAAGUGUCUGGUUCACUGCAAGAUGGGCGUGAGCCGCUCCGCGUCAACGGUCAUUGCCUACGCUAUGAAGGAGUUUGGAUGGUCCCUGGAGAAAGCCUACAGUUACGUCAGGCAGAAGCGCAGCAUCGCUCGGCCCAACGCCGGGUUCAUGAGGCAGCUGCUGGAAUAUCAGGGUAUCCUGGAUGCCAGCAAACAGCGCCACAACAAGCUCUGGAAACAGCAGCCGGGAGGCGGCCUCCCCCCCAGGGCAGAAAGCCCUGCUGGGCCCAAUGAUCUCCUGCUCGGUAGCCUGGAGGACAUGGACCUGGACCCUCCCGCCCCCCCCAUCUGCACAGACCGCCGAACACCCCUCGACUCGGUGGGCCUCCACUACUGCUUGCGGCGCCUCUCCAACUCCUUGCCGGCCCCCCGGGAGCCGUGUCUGCAGCUGGAGGACCUGGAGGCAGAUGCUAUGCUGGAGGAGGCCGGCUCUGCCACCAGGGACCUGCUGGGCCAGCUGCAGGCAGGAAUGCUGGAGGUCAGCGCAGACCCCCAGGGCCACCAGAAACCCGAGGCAGUUCCUCGGCUGCCAGUCUCUGAGGAGGAGAAGCCCACCGAACGAUGGAAGCGGCGGUCGCUCGAAGAGGAGGGCAGGCACAACUGCGAGAACCUGAAUAACAACACAGUAAGAGGAGCUGCCCGGAUGACUUUGAACAUGAAGCCCUGUUCGGCAUCCUCAACAAAGUCAGCCCCCCCUACAAAUCUUGCACUGACUGCAUGUAUCCCUUGGGUGGGUCCCCUCCUGAAGCCUUCAGGGAUGCCCUGGAGGUCCUGCCAGCGGAGCCCCCUUGCCACCGUGCCACCAUCUGCACCCAGCCCUCCUUCCCAGUGUUUCUGGAGCAGGCCUUCUGCAAGUCUCCUCUGAAGGAAUCCCAGGGACCGAGAGCCAACAGUUUGCUCCCGAUGGUUGUGGGAAAUGAGGUGCAGGACGUCAGUCCUGAUCAACCAGCUUCAGGGUGGCCCUGUGGCCCUUCUGAAAAGCCCAGGGAGGCCCCUAAAACCGCAGGAGGU